AGUAGUGGGUGUUACACCGAAGGGGUCAGCCAUGGCGGGGCUCAGCGCCCGGGAAAAGGAGGGCUGCCGCCAGUUGUUGGAGGGGCUGGACACCUCGGAGCUCUUCUCUGUGGCGGAAACUGUCACUAACCGGCUCAUCCGUGUCUAUGACCGGGAAGAGGCCAUCGAUGCCAUACUAGUAUACAGCAAGGACGCUACAGAGCUCUUGAAGAGACGGAAAGUUAACCGCGACGCCAUUUUUAAGUACCUGGCCGCAGAAAAACUUGCAGUGCCACCAUCCAGUGAAAAGAGUCAGCUGAUCCAGUAUGCGAUUGAUCACUGGGCCGGGCCGAGAGUUUACAAGACGUCAGAACCGGGAAAGAAGGUGCAAGAAACAAAACCCCAUCUGGAGCAGCUGGACUAUAAAUUACUUGGUGAAAAGUUUUGUGAGUGGUUCUACAUUCUUCUGAACUCCCAGAAUGCUUCGUUUGGACAAGAAAAGGGGGACUGGGGACCUCAGCACUUCUGGGAGAAUGCCAUACUUAAGUUUGCCUACAAAGCAGAGGAGCAGGAUGUUGAGGAGCACAACGGCGCUCAGAUGGCGAGUCUACGGCUGCUUGCACUUACCCGAGACGAGAGACUGAUAUUUAGCCCCAGCACUGACAGCGGAGGAUUAAAAUGUGUGUCUACUCCUCAUGGACUGGUUGUGGUGGCAGUUGCUGGUACAAUCCACAGGGAUGGGGCCUGUUUGGGAAUAUUUGAACAGAUCUUUGGACUAAUACGAUGUCCGAUUGGUAAAAAUUGGAAGAUCAAGCACGUAGAUCUGAAAGUCUUGGGGCAGGACUUACUGGGCUCUGAACAGGCAAAGUGUUUGCCGUAUGUUACUUACCAGACUGGUGAAUUGGAACUCUACUAUUCUGAUACCGGCUGAUGGUUUGAACUGUUUAAGUU